UCCGCCUUCCUGGGCGCGCGGUGGAUGGUCUGAAAUAUAGAGCACGGCUUUCGUUGGGGCUGCGCGGCUCCGGAGCCCAGCAUGGCCUCCUCACGAGCUUCCUCCGCGGUACAGCAGGCAACCAAAACUAAGGCAUCUGAUGACUUAGUCGCUCCUGUUGUGAAGAAACCACACAUCUAUUAUGGAAGUUUGGAAGAGAAGGAGAGGGAGCGCCUGGCCAAAGGAGAAUCUGGGAUUUUGGGAAAAGAAGGACUUAAAGCAGGAAUUGAAGCAGGGAACAUUAACAUAACCUCCGGAGAGGUGUUUGAAAUUGAAGACCACAUCAGUGAGCGACAGGCCGAAGUGUUAGCUGAGUUUGAGAGGAGGAAGCGAGCCCGGCAAAUCAAUGUUUCCACGGAUGACUCAGAGGUCAAGGCUUGCCUUAGGGCCUUGGGGGAACCCAUCACACUUUUUGGAGAGGGUCCUGCUGAAAGAAGAGAAAGGUUAAGAAAUAUCCUUUCAGUGGUUGGUACUGAUGCCUUAAAAAAGACCAAAAAAGAUGAUGAGAAAUCAAAGAAGUCCAAAGAAGAGUAUCAGCAAACCUGGUACCAUGAAGGACCAAACAGCCUGAAGGUUGCUAGACUGUGGAUUGCUAAUUACUCACUGCCCAGGGCAAUGAAACGCUUGGAAGAGGCCCGUCUUCAUAAAGAGAUUCCUGAGACAACGAGAACCUCCCAGAUGCAAGAACUGCACAAAUCUCUCCGGUCUUUGAAUAAUUUCUGCAGUCAGAUUGGGGAUGAUCGGCCUAUCUCCUACUGUCACUUUAGUCCCAAUUCCAAAAUGCUGGCCACAGCUUGUUGGAGUGGGCUUUGCAAGCUCUGGUCUGUUCCUGAUUGCAACCUCCUCCAUACUCUUCGAGGCCAUAACACAAACGUGGGAGCAAUUGUAUUCCAUCCAAAAUCCACUGUCUCCUUGGACCAAAAAGAUGUCAAUCUGGCCUCUUGUGCUGCUGAUGGUUCUGUGAAGCUUUGGAGCCUUGACAGUGAUGAACCAGUGGCAGAUAUUGAAGGCCAUACAGUGCGUGUGGCCCGUGUAAUGUGGCAUCCAUCAGGACGUUUCUUGGGUACCACCUGCUAUGACCGUUCAUGGCGCUUAUGGGAUUUGGAGGCUCAAGAGGAAAUCCUACAUCAGGAAGGCCACAGCAUGGGUGUGUAUGACAUUGCCUUCCAUCAAGAUGGCUCUUUGGCUGGCACUGGGGGACUGGAUGCAUUUGGUCGAGUUUGGGACCUGCGUACAGGACGUUGCAUCAUGUUCCUAGAAGGUCACCUGAAGGAAAUCUAUGGAAUAAAUUUCUCCCCCAAUGGCUACCACGUCGCAACCGGCAGUGGUGACAACACCUGCAAAGUGUGGGACCUCCGACAGCGGCGUUGUGUCUAUACCAUUCCUGCCCACCAGAACUUAGUGACUGGUGUCAAGUUUGAGCCUAUCCAUGGGAAUUUCUUGCUUACUGGUGCCUAUGAUAACACAGCCAAGAUCUGGACCCACCCAGGCUGGUCGCCACUGAAGACUCUGGCCGGCCAUGAAGGCAAAGUGAUGGGCCUAGACAUUUCUUCCAACGGGCAGCUCAUAGCCACUUGCUCAUAUGACAGGACCUUCAAGCUCUGGAUGGCUGAAUAGGCAGGACCAUGGAAGAAGGAUUCUAGCCUCACUCUCUUUAGAGCCAUUUUCAAAGGAAAGGAGUUGAUGUGUUUUGUUCUGUCAUGUGUUUUGCUAAUUACCAUAUAUAGAUUCAAAAGAAUUGGAUUUCCAUGUCAGCUCCCACUUCAAGCAGGCAGCCCAGUCCCUGGGUGUUGGUGAAUCCCUUUCAUGGUUGAAAUUUUUUUAACUUUCAUCUUCCAGCCCUGCCAUGAACUUUGUAGACAUUGUUUUUAUUAAUCUUUUGUUUGAAUGCCCUAUUGCUUCCCUCACAGCACUCUGGAUUGUGACUGACUCCAUUUUUAAUUCUUGAAACGUGGCUUUCCAUUACAUGGUACAUGCUUCAGGACUACAUGUGACCCAGAGAGCAAGGUGGCUGGACUAUAUUCUGGAAGCCCUCGAGUAGAGAGAGACACCUCACCAUGCACUGGCUAAACCAUGCCUGACAGAAGAACCCUGAGAACAGAAGGUGAAGAGGUGAAGAGCUAUGCUCAGGGUUCUGCAGUAGAGAGUAUUUUACCUCUUCCUGUUGAGUUCACUGGGAAUGCUAACUGCAUUAGGAAGCUCAGAACUGAACAUUUUCCUCGUCAGAAGAUGUCUUCCAUUUUGCUUUCAAGUUUGGCAUCCUUUGUGUUACCCAGAAGCUAGGCCAUUGUGCCAAGAUUUCAAUAAAAUUUUUAGAAAGCAAA